CUUUUCCUCAUUUUUUUACAAUUCAAUCCUUCUGUUUCUCUUUCUUCUCUCUUUUCAGGUCUCUUCUCUCUAAUCUUUCUCAAUUUCGUCCUCUUUUCUUCGCCUCUCGAUUUCGAUUCAGGCUGCACAUGUUCUUUUUGGUAUGAUGAUUUGCUAUUGCGAACAAGGACGAGCUGGCUUAACUAGCAAAUCAGUAGUUAGCUGAGCAACGGUGGAGCCUAGGAUAUUUCUGCUAGAUUGGGAAACUUAAUUAUCCAGUUAGCUUGUCAGUCGUUAACUGCUGCAGAAAAUGGAGUCUUCCAAAGAGACAGGAUGCCAAGCUCCAGAAGGUCCCAUCCUUUGCAUCAACAACUGCGGGUUCUUUGGUAGUGCAACCACCAUGAAUAUGUGUUCCAAGUGUCACAAGGAUAUGAUACUGAAGCAGGAACAGACUAAAUUUGCAGCUACAUCAAUCGAAAACAUUGUAAACGGAAGCUCUAGCAGUAAUGACAAAGGGCCUGUUGUCACUGGUGCGAUCAAUGUGCAACCAGGAUCAGCAGAACUAAAGGUUAUCUCUACAGAAGCAUCUUCAGAUUUAUCCUCAGGUUCAAGUUCAAAGGUGAAGCCAAAAGAGGGCCCAACUAGGUGCACUACUUGCCGCAAGCGUGUGGGUUUAACGGGGUUCAAUUGCAAGUGUGGAAACCUUUUCUGUGCAGCUCAUCGUUAUUCUGAGAAGCACGACUGCCCUUACGAUUAUAAGAAUGCUGGUCGGGAUGCUAUUGCUAAGGCAAAUCCUGUUGUUGUGGCGGAAAAGCUAAACAAGAUCUAGGAUGCCUCUAUUAUAUGAACUGAAGCACGAUGUUCUUGCUUUAAAAUCUGUUGGUCUUCCUAUUAAGUUGGCCUUUUGUCGUAUAAGGUGUCCCGUAGAUUAAGAUGGUAUAAGUGAUGAAAGUGGGACACAUUCAUUCUAUCUCCAGUUUGUAAGUUGUUAUUUAUGCUGGCUUGGUGGAUAUCUUCAUUGGACUCGUAGUCUUUGGUUCUUUCUCAUUUUUCUUGUUCUGUUUGAUAUACAGUGCAGAACACGACUAUCCACUGAAAAAGAUUAAAAAACAGAAAAACGAAGUGUCAUGUUUAGCAGUUU